CAAGACCUACGACGCGACGCUCCUGAAGAAGGCCAAGGGCGACUACGACGGCCCGCUCUCGCCUCCCUACGAGGUCUUCCUCAAGUACCUGCCGCCGGACGCGACGGAGGCGCAGGUCGAGGCCUUCUUCGCGGGCUGCGGACCGCUCGCGCUCAAGCCCAAGCUCAUGCGCGACCACAAGACGGGCCGCGUGAUCCGCGGCUUCGUGCGCUUCGCGGACGAGGCGGGCAUCCGCGCCGCGCUCCGGCGGGAUCUGGCGCGCCUCGGCGGGCGGUCCGUGAGCGUCACGGUGGCGACGACCUGCGGCACGAUGCAGGCGUCGGGCACGCACACGCCGGCCAUGUUCGAGGAGUGCGUCGAGGCUUUGGGCGUCGAGUGGAACCCGGACGGCGUCUACGUCGACGGCACCUUCGGCCGCGGCGGCCACACGCGGAAGAUCCUCGAGAAGCUCGGCCCCAAGGGCACGCUCCACGGCUUCGACAUGGACCCGGAGGCCGUCGCCGUCGGCGAGCAGCUCCGGGGGGAGGAUCCGAGGUUCGUGAUCCACCACGCGCCGUUCUCGUCCAUGGCCGCGGUCCUCGCGGGCGUCGCCGUCGACGGCGUGCUGCUCGACAUCGGCAUCUCAUCGCCCCAGCUCGACGGCGGCCGGGGCUUCAAGCCCGAGGUCGACGGGCCCCUCGACAUGCGCUUCGACGUCCGCGAGGGCGUCGAGGACGCGAUGGGCUACCUGCGGCGCGCGUCGCGCGUCGAGCUCGCGGCGGCGCUCGAGGCCUACGGCGGCGAGCGGCCCGCGGCGGCGCGGCGCAUCGCCGACGCCGUCGCCCUGGCGAAGAAGGACGGGUCGCUCGCGCGGAUGACGACGCGGCCCUUCGCCGAUUUGGUGGAGCGCGCCAAGGGCAAGGAGUACCAGGCCAUGCACCCGGCGAAGAUGACCUUCCAGGCUUUGCGCAUCGUCGUGAACCGGGAAUAUUUGGAACUCGAGCGGGGCCUUGCGGGGGCGCUGGAG